AUGUCCAUAAUAGAGCAGAUUUUUUGGGUGACUCCUUUCCGCUCAGUGUUUAUGGUGCCGCCUGUGUACCAGGAGCCUAGUAUCAUGCCGAUCAAUACAAGAACGGAGAAGGAGUUGGAAGAAAAGGAGGUGUUAUGCACGCACAAAAAGCCCAAAGCUACAGGGUGUGUUGCCCAACCGCAGCAGGAAAUUGAACUCGCCAUUGAGAGUGAGAAUAAAGGGCAUGGUGAUCCUUCACCAAAAGAGUCUGCUUGUGUUGUGCUGAGCAAUGGUGAAGCAAAUGGUUGCAGUGAGGGGCAUGUUCUUGGCGGUGCAAAUGAAGAACCAGAAGCAAGGUCGAGACUGGCUCAACUCUGCAGUGCAAUUGGCUGGAAGAGUCCAACAUAUGAGUUUCAAGAACAUGGACAUGGCCAUACAAAACUGUUCACAUGCAAGGUGAGUGUUCUUGUGGAGACGUUCACAGACACUGUUGUGGAGUGCAUCAGUGAGCCCAAACCCCAGAAGAGAGCUGCCCAGGAACAAGGUGCUGAAGGUGUGUUAUGGACCCUCAAGCGCCUUGGUCAUGUGAAAUAG